AUGGUACAAAAGUUGAUUCUUCUCAGCGCUUUGGUGGCCGCCGCCACCGCCGUUGCAGUCCUGCCCGGGCCCGGAUACCCAGGUUUAGCAGGCAUCGCAGGAUUACACGGCCUGCCCGGAUUGCCCGGAUUACCCGCAUUACCUGCGCUACCAGCCCUGACGAAAAUUGCCGCGCCUGUGCUGCCUGCCAUCACCAAGAUUGCUGCGCCACUUGCCGUCGCAAAAGUGGCCGUCCCAGAGCCAUACGAUCCCAAUCCACAGUAUAGCUUCAGCUAUGAUGUUCACGAUAGCUCAACCGGCGAUGUGAAGAGUCAACAGGAAGUGCGCAGCGGCGAUGUUGUGCAAGGCGCUUACUCGCUGAUUGAACCGGAUGGCACGCGUCGCAUUGUCGAAUACACCGCCGAUCCAGUGCACGGAUUUAAUGCAAUCGUUAAACGUGAACCAAUUGCUGUUAAGGCGGUCGCUCCAAUUGCCAAAGUACUCGCCCCUGCACCGUUAUUGGCUGCUCCAGUCAUAGCUAAGGCUAUACCAGCAAUACCAGCAUUGCACGGUCUACCGGCGCUUGGUCAUCCAUUAGGUCCUGGACCGCUUUCUUACUUACACGGCUAAGCGGCGAUAAAAGACGAAAUGUGACAUCAACAACAGCAACAACUGGAAAAAAACACACACCCGCACACACACUUAGUCAGUUCACA